AUGUAUUAAUAAGGCGUAAGAAAGCCAUUUAAAAAUAAAGUUGAUUUAUAUGGAUUUAGAUAUGCCCAUUUUAAAUGGAUUUAGGUAAAAAAUAAAUAUAAAUUCAGAGCCACUUCAGUACUCAAUAAACUAAUGAACACUAACGAAAUUAAGAAAUUCCCAUAAUAGCAUGCACUGCUCAUGAUGAUUAUGAGACUGAGACAAAAUGCAAAGCUCUGGGAAUGUUAGCUAUCAUCAAUAAACCAGUAUUUAUAAAAUAACUCUAAACUGUAAUUUAAAAUAUUCCUAAGACUUUUUGA